AUGGCAGCGGGGGGCCGCGGUGCCGCCGCCGCCGCGCUGCUCUUGGCGGUGUCGGUGGCGCUGCCUCCCGCCCGCGCCUUUUCCGUCCCGCUCCAGCGCCCCGCCGCCUGCGCCACCGACCGCUACUUCGACAGCUCCCGCCUGGCCUGCGCGCCCUGCGGAGCCCACCAGCGGCAGAGCGCCGGCGGUAGUUCCUGUGUAUGUGAACCAGGAUACAGGAUGGUUUCCAGUAAUGGUGGGUUCUCUGUUACUUGUGAAAAAUGCCCAGAAAAUAUGAGCGGAGUUACUCAGGAUGGGUGGAAUUGUAUUACUUGCCCUAAAGGCCUGACUUUGGAAGGAAAAUGUAAAUGCCCCAAUAAUGAAAUAUUAGUGGAAAGAAGCAUCGAUGGCAUCUUGCUUAACGAAGCAUUGUGCAUACAUUGUAAUGGAAGUGAGCAGUCCUUCUCUGCUUCAGAUGCAUCAGGAAGUAGGUGUGUAAGAUGUGAAAAAACAUUCAUCCAUGUAAGCAAGUCUUGUGACUGCAGCAGCCCAAACAUUCUGACCGGGGGAUUGUGUUUCUUUGCUCAGGAAAGUUUACCCCCAAAGGGAGUUGCAACUGUUCGUUUUGCACAGCUAGGUAUAACACUGACAUCUGCGUGGUUUCUGAAAAACCUGCAGUCCUCAGCCUUUGCCUGUUGGUUGUACUCAAAUGUAACAGCAUGCCAAGCUCUUGGAAAUAUGUGUGUGAUGAAUAUGAACUCAUUGAGUUCUUCAAGUACUGAUGCCUGUGGUUUAUUUCAAUAUAUUUUUAUCGGUACAGCAAGACUAGGCAUCAUUCAUUCAAUAGCCUACUGGAGGCAUAAUCUUCCAUGGCUAUAUUAUGGUGAUCAACCAGGAUUAGCUUCUCAAGUGCUUGAGAAAAAUCAUUUCCCUACAACCUUCAGUUUUAAAGGAAGAGAUAAGGAUGUGAAGCUGCAAUUUAUUGCAGCCUCGUUUGAUGCAGCAGGAAACUUUCUUAAAUGGCAAAGUUUGGAAGGAGGCAUCUUACAGCUUUGUCCUGAUACAGAAACUAAAUUGGAUGCAGCUUAUACAUUUGGAACAACUUACCAACAAAGUUGCAAAAUUUCAGUUUCUAAGAUUUUAUUGGAUUUUGCUAAUCCAAUCUUUUAUGACCUGUUCCUUGAAUAUAAUGACGACAAUGGACAACAACAUCUUUGGGCCGUGCCAGUUUUAAAUUUGAAUCUUCAAUACAACGAAAAGUUUGUUAAUCAAGGUACUAAUAUGAACAACUGGCUUUUGACUCGUCGAUUUUUUUUGGUGGAUACACUUAGUGGAAAAGAGACUGACUUGGGAAAACCACCAAGGGUAAUUCGGAUUGCUAGCGAAAUAGCAAUAAGUAUUCGUCUGGUAUCCCAUAUGCAGAGAGGAACUAUCUACCCUCCUCUAAUCACUAUUGCUUACACGGAUGUGCUUGUCCAAAACCCUGAAAUCCAGAGUGUGAUGGUUUCAUUCUCAGUCAAUUAUGAGAUGGAUCAGUCAGAGGCUCGGAUUCAGACUGAUGUCGCAUUGGGUGUGUUGGGUGGGCUCGCAGUGUUAUGGUCCCUUCUCAAGACUGCAGGCUGGAAGAGGCGUACAGGAAGCUCUAUAAUUGACUUGCAGACAGUUUUCAAGUUCUUACUGUUUUAUGCUGGAGACCUUGCCAACGUUUUCUUUAUCAUCACAGUGGGCACAGGGAUUUAUUGGCUUGUAUUCUUCAAAGCUCAGCAGUUUGUCUCUGUCCUUUUACCACUUCCAUCUCAAGAAGAAGAUUUUGUUACAUACAUAGCAUGUGCAUUUAGUUUAAAGGCUCUGCAAUUCUUACAGUUGCUGAUUUCACAACUUACUGUAGAUAUUUUCUUUAUUGACUGGGAAAGACCUAAAGGCAAAGUUCUUAAGGCAGUUGAAGGUGAAGGUGUUAUUAAAAGUGCUGCUGCACCUGUGAGCAUAUGGAGGACAUAUUUUAUAGCAAAUGAAUGGAAUGAGAUUCAGACAGUGAGGAAGAUAAAUCCCCUCUUUCAAGUGCUUGCAGUUCUUUUUUUUUUGGAGGUGGUAGGAUUUUCAAACCUGGCUUUAAUGGAUGCUUCUUCCAGUCUUACAAGAAGCAGUGAGAGCUACGUAGCUCCUUGGAGCCGCAUUUUAAGAUUUGGUGUGUCUGUUGCACUCUGGAUAGCCAUUGCCAUCCUACAGGUUAUAUUUUUUUCUGUGUUUUAUGAAAGAUUUGUUGAAGAUAAGAUCAGCCAAUUUGUUGACUUGUGUUGCGUGAGCAAUAUUUCAGUGUUUCUCUUGUCACACAACUGCUUUGGUUAUUAUAUCCAUGGUCGCUCAGUGCAUGGACACGCAGAUACCAAUAUGGAAGAAAUGAAUAUGAACCUAAAGAGAGAAGCAGAAAAUCUGUGUAGUCAGAGAGGUUUGUUACCGAACACAGAUGGGCAGACAUUUCAAAUUUCCAUUUCAAGGAAAAUGCGACUGCACUAUGACUGGAUUCAUGAAACCCUAACGAGAAAACGUGGUCCUGCAAGGCUUUUGGAGUCAUCUGCAAAUACCUUCGAACAAAGCACAAGGGCAUACAACACCAUGAACAAAUUUCUCGGUUCUUUUAUUGAUCACGUUCAUAAAGAAAUGGAUUAUAUUGUUAAAGAUAAGUUGCUGCUUGAACGGAUUCUUGGCAUGGAGUUCAUGGAACCAAUAGAGAAAAGUAUUUUUUAUAAUGAUGAAGGACACUCUUUCAUUGAUGUUCUCUACUAUGGAAAUGAAACAACGCUGCUCAUUUUCGAUAUCCUGUUUUUCUCCGUUGUGGAUCUGGCUUCCCAAAGUUUUGUUUUAGCAGCUAUUCUGACAUAUUUGCAACAAGAGAAAGAUCUGGCAGCAAAACAACAUUUUUAAACUUUUCUGACAUGGUUGGAAUGUUUGGGUGUGAGCCUUGCUGCAGUAUGUGUUACAGCCUGAAUGCUGUGUAGCAAGCCCAGUGCCUUUGAGGACAAGCUGGGCACAGGGAGUGCACUUCUCGUGCACAUGGGAGCCCUGAUAUGUCACCAUCUGGAAACAGUUCAGAGUUGUCGACAACGCAGAUUUGCUAAUCAAAACUCCAUGGCUGAAGGACACAUAUACUGACCUUUACUACAGUCCUGGGAAUGUUGCAGCAGCCUGAAAUGACUUUGUAGAGCCGCUCCCACUGCUUGAGUUGGAAAAGAUUCUUUGGCAGUACUGGUGGGGAUACUAUGCCUCUGAACAAAGCACCUUUUUAAUAUUGACUUUUCAGAGACAGGGGAGGAAUUAUCUCUGAUUCAACAGGGCUUUCUAAUAUUCUUUCCAGAUUACUACAGUGCUUUCAUUCAGUUAUGCAGACUUCAAAUUAAAAGUUAAUGAAAACUAACACACUUUUAAUUUCUCCUGAGGUGCAUUUGCUCUCCUAGCCGAGAAGGGGAAGUCAGAAAAAAAUUCCUACUUGUUUGACAAAGGGUUCAGGGACUCUGAGAACUGCCUGGCAGCACAUUCCUGUAUCAACACCGUUGCUGUAAUUUUGAAGCAGUUGUGCUUAUUUUUCAAGUGUGUUUUAUAGCCACCUCCCACAUGGCAACAUGUGAGCAAGUAAAGUAUCAUUAGCUCUGAUGGGCAUCCUUUGUCUUCCCAGGAAAUGACUAAAUGGUAUCCUCAAAAAGCUGACCACUGAAGAGCAGUAGAAAUUACAGACUCAUGUUUGGCACAGAGUGUCAUAUUCGCAGCUGUACUGACUGCCUGCCAGGAGCUGUCUGCCUACAGGACAUGCUGUCUUCCAGUUGCUCGACCCAAGAUAGUUCAAGAGGAUAAGAGCAGUGUUAGAGAACUGAACAGACUUUCUCUUUGCAGAUUUCUCUUGCUUGGUUUUACUGCUGUCCUCUGGGGGAUAGAGAGCUUGUUGCCAGUCUCCAGAUGAUGGCAGAUUUAAGAAAUGGUUUCUAGAUUAAUUUAAGGCACUGCUUUUCAACUCAGGGUAAGGCAUCCCUUCAUUAUUAACAUACGAGAAAAAAGCCCCACCCGUGACUCAUAUAUUUUACCCAUUGACACAUGCAAAUACAAAUCAGAACAACUUGAAUACA